AUGGCAUCAAGUCAAUAUAUGACGACAGCAAAGUGUUCACCGUUUACUGGUAUCUGGAAAGAACCAGACAUGUCACAAUGUAACAAUACAGAUUGGAUCACUCAACGACUGAAGGACAUCGUAAUAAGUAUCGAUACAGCAAACUUCGACAAUAUUUCGGAAGAGAUGUUAAAUAUAUCAAAGAAAUCAAUAUAUUUCAAAGAAGUUGAUGUUGACUUGGCUGUAGGCAUUCAUGAGAAAAUGGUGUCAUUGAUACCGAAAGUGUCUGCGAAUAAUACACUUCGGUCCAUAAACAAUUUGAUUAACAUACCAGAGGAGGUUUUGGCUGGAGCUGAACAAGAGAAUAGAAAUUGCUGCAUCUUAUACAAGAAAUCCCAGAAAAAGAUUCCACUGGAGGAGCAGCAAGUCACAGCUGCUAUCUAUUCUAAUCUUGGUAUUGGUGUUGCCAAAGUGAAAAAUGAUACAUUCGAUGGUCUUUUCUAUGGCGUUUCCUAUGGAACCAAUGAAACAGAACCAAAAACAUGGAUAUACGACUCACCAAAUCCCGACCAACAAGAAGCAGAUGCGAAGAUCAUGGCAUCUAUUUCAUUACCAAGGAGUUUAUUAAAACAUCUGAAAGACGAAGAAAGGCCAUCCGUUUCGCGGAUAACUUUUUUCUCCAUGCGGGACGAUAAGCUGUAUAGGGUAACACAAAACUCCAGUGCCAAAGGAAAUACUGAAAUUAACAGCCAUAUUAUUAGUGCCAGUAUUCCUAACAUUUCAAUAAGCAACCUUGAUGAACCAAUUAAAAUAUCCUUCAAUUUAAUAAACCAGAAUGCUAACAAACCACAAUGUGUUUACUGGGAUGAAAGCUCGGGAUUGGAUCCCCAUUGGUCCCUAAACGGCUGCAAUGUGUCCAAUUUUAUACCUGGAAAAGAAGUAACUUGUUCCUGUGACCGUCUUAAAAGUUUUGCCGUACUAAUGGAUGUCUACCAGAAGGAAGGAGAGAAAGAAAAUGCAAAUUACUUGUCUAUUGUAUCCAACGCUGGCUUUGGAAUUUCAUUCGUCUGUCUUGUUCUUACAAUAAUAAUUCAUGUUUGUUUCAGAAAUCCAUGGGAUUUAAUGAGUUCGAAGAUUUUAGUAAGCCUGUGCUCUUCUUUGGCUGUCACUUAUUUUAUCUUCCUUGUCGGGAUGCAAACAAUGGCAGGUUGUAAGGUAGUAGCUGGCUUUUUACACUACUUCCUCCUGACAUCUCUCGCGUGGAUGAGUGUUGAAGCUUUCCAUGUCUUCCUAAGUGUGGUCGUUGUAUUCAAAACAUGGGAGACGUCUUUUAUGAAGAAAAGUUCAAUUUUGGCUUGGGGUCUUCCAGCAGUCAUCGUUACAAUUACCCUGGCAAUUAACAACACAGACAAUUACACCAAAAUCGCAGAGGUCUGUUGGUUAUCAGAACCUUCCUUCUAUGUUGCUUUCCUGACUCCCGUGGUGAUAAUUCUCAUCUUCAACUUUAUCCUGAUAUCUCUCGUGACAUGGCGUCUCAUAUCACCGCAAAGAAACAAGAGGUUUGAUCGCAAAAGAAGUAUAGUACGUGUUCUGGGCCUGGUUGGUUUGCUGUUUUUGUUUGGACUCACAUGGGUCUUUGCAUUCUUCGCUGUUAGCGAAGCAGCAACAGUGUUUCGGUACCUUUUUCUUGUAUGCAAUACCCUUCAAGGAAUCUUCAUCUUCGUAUUCUAUUGUUUAUACAAGAAAGAUACCAGAGAUGGCGUCAAGGAGUUUGUGAUCAAACGAAAGAGAGCGAAUCCCUGGAAAUUUACCACCGGCAAAAGUUCACGUUGUGGUAAUGAAACAGAGUACAUAGCAGCAGAAACAAACUUUUGAGUGAAAAUCGAAAAAGAACCUCCAAGAAUCGUCUUUGAUGAUAUUUUGUGCUACAAAAUAAUAUUUUCUCCAUAUAUGAUAUAAAAUAGUAGUUUCUCCAUUUAUAAUAUAAAAUAACAUUUUCUCCAUAUAUGAUAUAAAAUAAUAUUUUCUCCAUAUAUAAUAAAAAAUAAUA